UUGAAUAGUAAAAUGACACAAUCACCAAAAAAAUACGUGUCUACGUACACAAGUUCGACAACCAACCGAGGGGUCGAAGCUAAGGAGGUAGAGAUUGGCAACAUACAACUGGAUUGCUCGUCUCAAUACCAGGAGAGUACGGAUGUCGAGACACGCUCGCCGGCGUCAGCGGACACAGGUUCAUACCUACAGGUCGUAGUCCAAAAACACAAGAAAAAAGAACCGACGGUCGCCGCAACGCAGACGUCCCCUCGACUACCCAUCGCUUCUAGUCCUAUCAAAACCAUCAGGAAUGGUUCAGGAGACCAUCCUGUAUACGUCUUACCUCAUCAUAUGUUAGUUUACAACCCUCUAAACCAUGAGAAACAAGAGAAAAAGAAGUUAUCGACCAUCAAAGAGCCUACGCGUUCAUUUUGGUCAAAAUUUAUAGAAAACACCGAAACUGCACCCGAUAAAGUAGAUUUAUACUAUUUUGAAAAAACUACAGGUGAUUUUUUAGCGACGUCAGGUAUGUAUACGUAUACUGAAAGAUUUUCCGCACAAAUGUCUAGAAUACCAAAUAGAAUUCUAGCUGAAAUGUUUUCUAUACCCCAAAUCAUUGCUAAUAUACCUGUGGCUAUAUUGUUAAAUUUAGAACGAGCUAUUUUUGUUACGCUUAGAAAUAUAAUCGUGGGUAGCGUUCAGAUUUGGUCGGAUAAUUUUCUAAAGCCAGUUUUGGCUUUAUUUUUUAAUUCUAUAAUACAACCCCCUUUAGUUUUAAUUGGUAAUGUAGGGAGAAGUGUGAGGGAUGCUUUAAAACCGUUGGCAGAUAUAAUUGGGGACUUUUUAGAGCCGGCAGUGAAAGUGUUAAGUGCUAUAAGACUAGUGAAUAUUGAGAAGAAAUGUGCUCAUAAUGUGUAGAUAGUUGGAAAUUAACCUUUUAACGGCCAUCACGUUUUUAAGAAGUCACGCACACGCCAACAUCAUUUUUAUGAGUGA